AUGACAAAGAUACGUGACCCAGCAGUUGUACAUAGCGAUGUGAAGAAGUUGGACAAACUUGAUGACACACAUGAGAGUAAAAAGGAAAAGAUGGGUAAGUACCCACACAUAAAAUUUUUUUUACAUUUUUUAAAAUUUUAAUUUUAUGUUUUAAAUUGGCUAUAUAAGCUUAUAUUAUAGUAACUUUGAUAUUUAUCUAUAAAUCUUUUAGCAUUGAUGAUAAGAUACGCCAGCCUAACCAUACUAGUGGUCCAAUUCUCAUCGUAUGUGUUGGUCAUGAAAUACGCUAAUGAAAUACCUAAUCACAAGAAGUACGCUCGAUCAUCAGUCGUUCUGUUUACUGAACUUAUCAAAUUGGCUAUUACUACUGUGCUGUACUUUAUGUCUUGUAAAUCUACUUUGAAGUAAGUUAUUUUUACUUGACUUAACAUUAACAUCGUCAUAUACCACGUUAAUUGACUAGGUAGCUUGGUGUAAGGUAAGUUAGGGCAGGGUAAGGUAAGAUUAGCUAGCACAGGUAGGGAAGAGUAGGGUAAGAAAGAGUGAGGUAGAGUAAGGAAAAGUAGAGUAGGGUACUCUAUAACAUGAUUUUUAUACCAGACCUUUCAGGUAUUAUGAUGAUUCUUAUGAUAAUUUUUUUAGGUUUUUCCGUGGUCUAAGGUACCACUUUGUCUAUGACUUUGUGGACACAAUAAAAGUAGGUAUACCUGCCAUUAUCUACACCAUACAAAACUACUUGUUAUACUUGGCUAUUGAGCAUAUCGACAGCACGACGUACUUGGUAAGGAUAACAUUAGAAACUUGUUUUCUUACUUCUACUCUAAGCUUUACUAGAGCUUUUUACUAUUUUUUCUAGCUUAAACUGGCUUAUUGUCCCUUUAGGCUAGGCCUUUUAAUUGGUCGUGUGUAUGAAUGAAUAUCAAGUUUUAUCGAACUUCUUAUUUUAGGUAACAUACCAAACAAAAACCCUCACUACAGCUAUAUUUUCUGUGAUUUUAUUACGGAAAUGUUUAUCAGCUGCACAAUGGCUUUCUCUGUUCAUCUUAUGUGCUGGUGUGGCCGUCGUUACUGUUGCAGUAAGUUAUUUAGGUAUAAUAUUAUACGUUGAUCAUCGUAGCAUACCAUAUUUUUUAUUACUAAAGCUAUUUUUUUACAUUUUUUCAACAUUUGGCAAAGUUUCAAGAAUUUAUUGAAAAUUUGGACGAAGUGUCACAAAGUUAUUGGAAAAUAGGAUAAAGUGCCAAAAUUAAAAAAAAUUAUUUUCAGAAAGAAAAAUCUACACCAGCCAAAAUAGAUUCACAACUCAAUUUCAACCAUACUGCCAAUGGUUUGAACAAUACUGAAGGUUUGAACUCGACCGACUUGAAGAACCUAACUCAACAUACGGAAGUCGAUCACUUUACUCAUGUUGCGAUUGGAAUGAGUGCUGUCUUGGUGGCUUGUGUUUUGUCUGGCUUUGCUGGUGUUUAUUUUGAAAAAGUUUUGAAAAAGACAAAUGUCUCGUUGUGGAUGAGGAAUCUACAACUGUCAGCUUUGGCUAUACCUGCUGCUAUUGCUACUAUGUUUGUAAGUUUUUUUGGGUGUGGUAAAGGCAGGGGGUUUUGCUAUAAGGGAUAGAUGAAGGUGGGGCACAUAAUAAAGCUCUGGGCUAGGGCUUUGGACUAUUGCUCUGGGCUAGGACUCUGAGCUAGUGCUCUGGGCUAGAGCUCUGGAUUAGGGCUCUGGGAUAGGGUUUUAGCUAGGACUAGGAUAACUUAGAGUUUACAAUUUUUAAAUUUUUUAAAAAAUUUUUUUUUAGAUUUCCGACUACGAGUUAGUAAAAUCCGAAGGCCUAGCCACCGGCUUCAACAUCUACAUCUGGUCAGCCGUUCUCCUCCAAGCCGUUGGUGGUCUAAUCAUUGCUGUUGUGAUAAAAUACGCUGACAACAUUCUAAAGUCGCUAGCCUCAUCAUUAGCCAUUAUCGUAUCAGCUAUUGUUGUGGCAGUAAUCUUUCACCGCUACCCAUCAAUGUUGUUUGGUGCUGGCACGGCUAUGGUAAUAUUCUCGGUGUUUAUGUACUCUUACUGUCCCGUGAAGAAGAGUGAAGAUACGAACAGUGAGAGUGAACAACCGAGCAUAGUAAGGGAGAUGUCGGAUUCUGAAUUGGUCACGGAGAAGAAGAUUAACAAUGAUAUCGCUGUUUUUAAGGUUUAA